GAUGGGUUGCUCAUCGACUCUGAGACCAUCUACACGGACGUGGUCAACGAGGUGCUCAGGCCCUACGGCAAAGAGCAGACUUGGGAGAUCAAGGAACGUCUCAUGGGACGCAGCGAAAAGGAAGCAACAGAGAUCCUCCUAGGCGCCCUCUGGCCUCCCCGUGCCGGGCACGAUGAGAAGUACGACAUCGCUGCUUGCCCCUUCGAAGUUCCCACUUUCCUCAAAGACCGCAACGACCUCCUCCUCAAGGCUUUCGAGACCGUCAAGCCUAUGCCUGGCGCUCAACGCUUGGUUGCUCAUUUGGCCAAGCACAAGAUUCCGAUCUGCGUGGCUACGGGGUCGAAGAAGCCCAACUACGAGAUUAAGAGUGGAGCCAAUCCUGAGAUCUACAAGCAUUUCGAGGGGAGGGCGAUCACGGGGAGUGAUGAGAGGCUGAAGAGAGCUAAGCCUGCUCCGGACAUUUUUCUCCUGGCGGCGAGGGAGGGACUUGGAUUGGGGAAGGCAUUCGCUGCCAGCAUCCGAGAUCAAGGGGAGGAGAAUGACGGGCGACUGAAGGGCGGAGAGGGGAGUGUGCUCGUCUUUGAGGAUGCUACGAAUGGCGUUGAGGCAGCUAUCGCUGCUGGGAUGCAGGUGGCGUGGGUUCCGGACGCCAAUCUGCUCAAAGUCGUUGGCGAGGAUAUUGGAGCGACGGUCACGCUCAAGGGUGGGCUGGAGGAUUUCAAUCCCGAGCUGUUCGGGUUGCCGCCCUUCGAAGACUGA